AUGCCGGCUUCCUGCCAUAUUGCAGUUUUUAUAUUCCCUUUCGGCUCACAUGCUCCUCCAGUGCUCAAUCUCGUGAAGAAAAUCGCAGCCUCAGAGCCUGAGAAUGUCAAAUGUUCCAUCUUCAGCACCGCAGAAUCAAACAAAUUGCACUUUUUUCCAGAUGCCAAAGGCGAUGAAGAAUUCGGCAACAUCAAGGCUUAUAGCGUGUGGGAUGGCGUCCCUAAAGAUCAUGUCUUUUCAGGGAAUCCACAAUUGGAACGAAUUGGGUUGUUCAUAAAAGCAACUCCUGACAAUUUUGAGAAGGCUCUCAAAGAGGCAGAGGAGGAUACAGGGGUCAAGAUCAGCUGCUUAUUGGCUGAUGCUUUUCUUUGGUUUGCCUCUGAUUUAGCAGAGAAAAUUGGAGUUCCAUGGAUACCCUUUUGGAUUUCUGGAUCUUGCUCUUUAUCAGCCCAUCUUUACACCGGCGAAAUCCGAAAAUUGGCCACAACAACUGAUAAAACAAUCAGAACGAUUCCGGGCUUUGAAGGAUUAAGCAUCAAUGACAUGCCCAGAGAAAUUCAAUUGAAAAAUGAACAGUCACCAUUGGCUCUUCUACUUGACAACGCGGCUCUGAAUCUGCCCAGAGCAACUGCUGUUGUGGUCAAUUCAUUUGAAGAGCUGGAUCCAGACAUCACAUUAGACCUCAAAUCCAAGUUUCAGAAUCUCUUCAAUCUCAGCCCUAUUCCUUCAAUUCCAACACCCUCAAAGAAAACUUCAAAUCUUUCUCGAGUUCAUGAUACCGAAGGAUGCCUUGAGUGGUUGAGAAAGCAAAGUGAUGCAUCAGUUGUGUAUCUUGGCUUUGGCAGUGUUUGCACUCCACCUCCUGAUGAAAUGGUAGCAUUAUCUGAGGCAUUGGAAACUUGCAAAUUUCCAUUUCUAUGGUCAUUGAGGGAUCAUGCUAGGAACACUCUGCCUGAUGGAUUUAUCGAUCGGGCUAGCAGAUACGGGAAAUUCGUUUCAUGGGCACCACAAUUGGAAGUUCUUGAAAGUGGGAAAGUUGGAGUAUUUGUAUCACAUGCUGGAUGGGGUUCUGUUCUAGAGAGCCUCUCAAAUGGUGUCCCAAUGAUUUGCAGGCCAUUUUUCGGGGAUCACGGAUUGGAUAGUGCAAUGGUGGAGGUGAAAUGGAGGGCUGGAUUGAGGGUGAAAGAUGGGGUUUUUACUAAGAAUGAAACGGUCAAUGCUAUAAACCUCAUAUUGUCUGGUGAAAAGGGAAAGGAAAUCAGAGAGAAUGCUCAAUUGCUCAAGGGACUGGCCACUGAUGCUGUUAAACCCAAUGGAAGUUCGACCCGAAAUUUUCAGCACUUGUUGAAGAUGGUAACAAAGUCUUAA